CUUCAGAGACGGGUGCAGCCACAUCACAGUCGAAAUCGAGCUCGUUGUCCGUCACAUCAGCGGCGCCGCUGAUAGCGACGACUCAGGUUAGAAUCCACAGAAUGUGCCUUCCCCCUUAAGGCCAUGAAUGUUGGUGCAAAGGCACAGAAGACUGGUAUAAACCUUGGUGCCGUCGGGUCCAAGUGCCACCUGCUUCCAGCCCUCGAUCCUUCUCCUGGUUCAAAAGAGCUCCGGGGUACCCCAGAAGUCUGUCUGGGAGUUGCUCCCUUCUCCUUUACCCAAGGAGUAUGGGUAGAUGUGCGCGACUUCGAGGGGCUCUCUGGCUCGAGUUAUCAGGCACGUAUGCUGGUCUCUUUCUAUACACUGAUCAUUCUUAGUAGAUGCUCUAUCAGAGGGAAAGGUAUAACGCAGACGACAGUGUGUCUGGCUUGAGAAGCAGUGCUGAAGAACUCUUUAAGGAUGCGCUGUUUUUUCCCGGCAUAUAUGUGGUAGGCGUGUCAGGAAUGACUGCAGG